AUGGAAGUACAUCAUGAAUUGGAUUAUAAUCAAUCAUCUUUAGUGGCUGAAGCAUGUGUAGAACAUUUCAAAAUAAGGAACAAAAUAGGGAGAGUAACCAUAGGAGAUAUUCAAGGUGUGCAUGAUGAGGGAAUUGACAUGUGGAAAACAAUUUUGAGCCAGCAAAAGAAAGCCGAGGAGGAAAUACAGAAAGAAGUGAAACAAGGACAAGAUAUAGCUGCUCAAGAAAAGAGAAAAGGAAAAGACAAGGACACCACUGAUGAGUUUGAUGCAUUUAUAGUUGAAGAUAUCAUAGGUGAUGUUGUGUCAGAUAUUCCUAAUCUAACAAAGGAUGCAGAGCCACUGGUUGAACAAAAAUCAACUAUUAAAACUAUUGAUAUUAAUAAUACACCGGCAAAGGGAACCGAUCAAACCAAGCAUUCUGGAGAAGAUGAAGUUACAAUUGUGGACAUCCCUUAUGAGGAAAAACCUCAAAGGAAUCCGGUCACAAUAAAUAUUCCCACAACACACCCUACUAGCAACGAACCUCAUUUGCCAAAAAAAGGGUUAGAGCAAGAAAACCCCAAGAUGAUAGAUUCAUCAAUACUAUUUGUAGAUGAAACAAAGGAGAAGGAACAAGAAAAGAAGGAAGUAGAAAAGAAAAUAGAAAGGAAGGAAACAAAAUCAACUGGUAUUGGUUUAGGAGAGACCAAGGAACUGAAACAAGAGAAGAAGAUAGAAGAUUUUUCAUCUGGUCAACUUGAAGGUGGUCAGAAAACAGUGGUGGAUACUCCUCCAGUAAAGAGGAAGUUAGUUUUAGAAAAGGAAACUGAGAAAAAGAAAGCUAAACUCCCCACCUCAUCCAACUCCGAGGUAGAAGCUGAAGUAGAAGAACAAGAAAUAGAGGAGGAAGAAGGGGAAGACUCAGUAAUUGAUAUCAAGAAGAUGACCCCCAAAUAG